ACUUAAACUCCAUAGGUAUAGCCUAUAUGCGAGUAACACUCCAAAAACGCUCACGGUGACGGUGACGGUGCGGUGCUCAACUCAUACGCAAAUUGAAUUCCUUUAGAACCUCUGGAAUCUGGAACCUCUCGUAUGUCAUACGCAAAGCUCGAAUUGCAGAAGCUCGUUCCAGGUAGUAGUGGGGUAUGUAUGAUGAACAAUAGGUGGAAAGAGGAACAACACCCAUCCUUCAUCAACUUCAUCGCGACAUUCCUUAGUGCAAACUCCUUCCGGCUUAAUGUUGUUCCGAUUGCACCUGAUUUUAUCUUCAACUGUGGAGGAGUGUCAGUGGCUUUCGUCUUUAUGACUUCCUGGGAUUGCAGCAGCACAUCACAUAUGUAUCACAGGGUAUAUAAGCUGAAGGAGCAGUUUGGAAACCUUUAUGUUGUUGUCACCCUUCCUACUAGGGAGCAAAACGAUUCCUUUGUUCGCUCUUACUUCAAGAGUGGAAUUGAAGUUGGAAGGCCCACAUUUUUGCCAGUUCUUGACUUGGAGAUGGGAUUUGAGAAAAUUGUGAAGCUUGCUCACGCCCGUGGUGUGUGUAAGCAGCAAGAUAUCGUAGCAAGGAUGAAGGCUGAGAGGAAACAUGCUGUGGAAGGGAUGGAUGCUUUUCUCAGGGUUGUUACUUCCAUACCGGGCAUAGACAAUCAUGAUGCAAAUUCGCUCAAUCAAGCUAUUGGGUCGAUUGAAGCAAUAGCAAAAGCAUCGAAGGAAUAUAUUAUGGAAAAUACCGAUCUUUCAGCUGAUAAGGCAGAGAAUAUUUUGAGGUUUUUCAGGGAUCCAAAGUACUACCUCAGUCCAAAAAUCAAUUGAGUAAAGAAAUCAAAGUAUAGCUAUGAAUAUCAUCAGCUUGCUCUAUAUUUGCUGACUGUUGCCGUGGAUUAGUCUCGUGAUCUCGUUCAAAAGUGACAUAACCACUGCUGUCUGAUUGCUAUGUGCAUGUUCAAGUCUAAGAAAUAAAUGCCUAGCAAAUUGCAUGGAUAGCACUAUGUUUGGCCUUGUCAAUGCCCAUUCAUUGAAUUUGUUCUUAUUUUUCUGCACUUGUGACUCAUUCAUUUUCAGGCUGAAGAAUGAGUACAAGUGAGAGUUGCGGAAAUGUUAAUCUAGUAGUUUUGGCCUUGUGGGCAUUAUCAAAAGAGCCGGUAAAAGCAUUGUUGAGGUGGAAAUUCUGACUGCGGAUUGACCAAAACUAAUGCCAAUGAAUGUGUCUAUUGACUUUGAUAA